UUUUGAACUUACCUAACCUAGGUACCUUAUUUUUGAUCAACUAUCAUUUUAUGUCACUUCAUAUCUAUCACUUCAUCACCUAAGUCUCUCUUUUCGAAACCCCAUAGUAAUAGUACUUACAAUAUAAACUUCCCUACAGAACGUCCGUCAAUCAUGGAACAUUCAAUCAGGCACCAUAUGGCUGAUGCCAAAUCCGAAUUUUCAAGUAAUUUACCAUGUUUUAAUCCUUCACUAGAGGACGCCCGCCAUUUUGCUCAAACAAUGGCCAAUAAUAUUUUCAACAACUAGGAGGCGUUGAAUCAGAUCGUUUUUUAUCAUGAGCAUGCAAUUCAGAAGCGUUGGUCUAAGAAAUCGGCGAUCGAACGAAGAAACUUGUUGCUUGAAGUCUGGCCCAACAUGUCACCAUCACACCGCCCUGAUCUUGCCCUUUACAGAAAUCCCGUCCCAGCCGAAAAGAUGGAUAUAACUCCGUUCAUGUGGCCUGAUAUAAAUCUAGAGGACCUGUCCAAAAGGGAUUCUCUUUUACGGAUGAUCCAUUCUCGAGGAAACUUUUUACCUGCCCAAUUCGCUUAUCGUGAUUCGAAGUCAAUACGUCUAGGAUACAAUGCUUCGUAUUUCACCCCCGUAUCACUUCCGGGCUAUGAUAUGUCAUUUGAAGGCGUGACCGAACCGUCUAGGUACGGCCAGCUAUAUGAUAAUAGCAACGAUCAUGUUAAAUUUGAAGAUUAUGCAGCCCGAGGCUUUUACGGGCCAGAUGUAGGCUUUCGUGUCUUGGUCGUCCAAGAUCGCAUAUAUUACUUCCUUGUCAAAGUCUGUGAGGAAAUCGUUCGCGAUAUUUCGGCUGGAGUCUUAUUGAAUGGCCGCCCGCCUCUCAGGGGCUUGUCUACGAUUUUUUCGACGGUAUUGCCAACGCGUCGUUUCUUCGCCAAGGAUAAAUUUGCGGACCUGUACAAAUGUCGCCUUGAUGCCACAUUCGCGUGUACAGGGCCUAUCAUCAGAUCCAUGCUCUUUGCUGCCGAAGGUCACUUCAAGGCCCUAAGGGAAGACCCCGAUUACUUUAGGGCAAUUCUGAUCGAGACAGAGGAACAUUGCCCUGGACACUUGUCCGAUGUUAAUGGCCGGGAACAUCCUUGUGUCAAGGAUCACAACGUAUAUUGCGCAAGAACGAUUCGCCAAGUUAUCUCUGAUGCGUUCUCGACAGUUUGUGCAUUAGCGGCUACGUAUAAUGGUUUCCGUUUCUUAAACAACAGUUUCAAUGAGUGGCAAGCGAACUCUUCUCGAACAGCGACUUUACCGCUACGCAUAUGCAAGACGUUGUAUGGACUUUACUACAGCAUGACGCGUGUCGGUCAAAAUGUCAUUCGCUAUCUACACCUUCUGGAAGGCAUAUGUAGCUCGCCCCCGCUAAGGGAGUAUUUCUGUCAUACAUUUCAGGAUCCGAGUGCCCACGACGCCUUGGGGAUUAGACGUCGACCUCGGGUAAGUAUGACCGAAGACUGCGCCGAUGUCGUCUACUUCCUUGAAAAUAUAGCUAGCGAAUCAGAGGCUGGUCCACUCAGCAGUGAAGAGUUCUUAACCGAAUUAGACCUGUUAGUUCGACGUAACCCUAAGGCAAAAUCCUUCAUAAGUGGCUGGGUGAGUACUCACCUGUCAAUCUUGGGCCUCGUUUGCGAAUGCCUUACCGUACUCGACAAAUAUCAGCCCUGGAUCUUGGGUCGCGUCCGAUAUCGUAGGGAAUACCCAGGCGAAGUCGAGGACUUCUACGAAACUGAAUUUGCAUACCCAUUCACUGUGUACGAUAUUCCAGAUUCAUUCUGGAUGAGUACGGUCCAGUCAGUACGGGGCCUUUUGAUAAGGGAAUCGAAAUAUCCAGUGCGUGAGCCCUGCAGUGAGGAGGCAGCGAAGGAACUACGCAGGACAGAGGAAGAUAUGGACCAAUUCUGGGACAAAGUACUGGCCCAGUUGAAGAUUGUAGGUGCAUCAGAGGCGAGCAUACGCCGUGUAUUUCGCCGCGGUCCGCAGAGGGUUGCAAUAUGGGUGGAACAGGCAACGGGUCGUGCGGAGAGGAAGAAGAUGGAAGAAGGCGAGGGGAUUGAGCCAGAAUUGAAACGAACCGAAGCCCAAGCCCAAGCCAAUGCAAAGAUGAUGGGAAAGAACAAGAGGAUUAAUGGUUUAUCUAAUGGAACUGUUACGUACAGGUACCAAAUAAACGUGGAUUCAAAAGAGGUUAUAAGCAGGUCAGAGGAAGCUGAUACGGAAAUAAAAGGUCCCGAAGUAGAGGACGAAACACCUCUAUUCGAGGUCGACACCCGAACAUUCAAGGUAUUCAUGACCUUGUUAUCCGACGGCACUGAUCCUUCUUCUCUAGCAGAGGUGUUCUGGGAUGAUAUUGUCCACGCCAUGGUGGGCUUGGGAUUUACAGCGACGAAGCUGUUUUUUUCGGCUUGGAUGUUCCAACGCAGCGACCCGAAGCUUGAGUUUGAGUGUAUUAUGCUCCAGGAACCAUAUUCGGCUGAGAAACUAGACCAUGCGACGGUUAGGCAUUUUGGCCGGCAUAUCUUUUGGACUUUUGGGUGGAAGUGCUCUAUGUUUGCACAGGCUUUAUAGGCUGGAAACGCAGCCUUGGAGAACAUGCGUUUUCUCACAGCGUUAGAGUAUAAUUUUAUUUUAAGCAGCCUAGGGAAUAAAAAAAGUAGCCUUAGGUACGGUACCUAUGCAAAACGAGGGUUUCGUAGGUGUUCUACAAUGGGUGGAAACGUAUUUCUUAUCUUAAUAGUGUCA